AUGGCGUUGCAACUGCAUUUUGCAACGGUGUUCUUCUUUAUUAUUUUCCUGCACAUUUCACUACUCACUACUGCUUUUCCUGAAUUAAAUAACGUGGAAGCGAAGGAGCAACCAGUACGAAGGACGAGAGGAUGUCCAUUAUCACCGUAUGCAACAUUUUUGAGCGAAGAUCAACAGGAAACACUGCAUGAACUUGUAACUGAGGCUCGUCAACAAGGUGCAGAUGAAUCAAUUGUCAAGGAGCAUAUUGACAAAUACAUCAGUAAAGUAUUACCACCGCAAAAAUACGCUGAAUUUCGAGACGCUUUCGAACGAUUCGAAGCAAAUCGACGAAAGAAAAGAGGAACUGAAGAAAAGAAGCUGCCAAAGAAAGUCUUUGAUCUUGUAGAUCAAUACUCCGGAUCUAUGGACACAGAUUACAGUAAAUUUUACAAGGAUAAUUGCAGAACAGGGUAUGUUCGACUAUUCCGUUUUCGUUGUACGUCAGGCAAGGAUUACCAGUGCUUACCAUCAAUGGGCAAGAAGAGCAAAAAGAAGUCGUCUCGCCGCUCGGCAAAAGGGACUCCCGCGGGGAAGAAGCAAAGCAAGAGAAGCAAGAGUAUGAGCAAGGGUAAGACUCCAAGAAAAGAAAAGAGUAAAAGCCGCACGAGGAGCCAAAGCAAAAGCAAGACCGCUUCUCUUUCGGGCACACCGCAAGCGGAUAAAAAGAGCAGUAGAAAGACGGGAACGGUCAGCGGUAAAAGUGACAAGAGUGGACGAAAGAAAAAGGAGAGAAUGGAAAAGAGAAGCAAAAAGAGUCACCAAAUGAAGACAGCUAGGUCUAAAACACCAGCUGGAGGAGGGGAAGCAAAAACCCCUGGAAAAAAAUCGAAACGAGCAAGUGCUGGAAGGAAGAGUGUUCAAUCUGGACCGACUCCGCGAAAAGGCUCUUCUAAUGCUAAGGGUGGUAAAACCCCAAAGAGUAAAAGCUCUAAGAGCAAGAAGAACAAAAAGUCCGCGAGUGAAAAAAGUGAUAAGAGCGGGAAGAAGACCAAAAGUAGUCAGGGUGGCGAAGAAGAGAAGGUACCGAAGAGCGACAAGAGCGCUAAAGAUGCUGGAAAAGUGGAUCAGAAAAGUGAUAAGAGCGCAAAGAGUGGGAAAAGUGGCAAGAACGAGAGAAAAAGAAAGAGCGGAAAGAAACCGUUGUGCGGAGCGUGUGUCCCUAAAAAGAAAGAAGGUUCACCGGGGAAACAGGAGGAGGAGGAGAAGGACCAACAGGAUAAGGAUAAGAAAGGAAAGGAUGAUAAGAAGAAGGGGAAAGGCGGCAAAUCAGCCAGUUCGAUGACACCUACGUUGACGGGUGACACAGAUUAUGAGCCUGGAACAAUGAUCUGUUCUCAAUGGCCAAGAGCUGUUGGAAAGAAACAAGCGAAUCGUAUCGUUGUCAUUAUGCGAUCCGCAGAACGUGUGGAUCGUGUCUUCGGACCGGAAUGGAAGGAAACGGAGGCUUCACAUGGAUAUUUCACACCUACUGACCUCAACAUCCCACACAAUUCAAUUACGAAAAAGUUGCUCUAUAGCAACGCUUUUGACGAUAAUCCACCAAUCACUUCCUUUGGAAAAUACUGCACACAGUUAUCGGCUCGUGCAAUGUGCAAUCGUGGCAUCUCCACUCAACUCGUUGUGUGUUCUCCGGCGCUGCGGUCAGUACAGACCGGAGACGCGUUGUCACGUUUUCUGAAGGCUAAACUGGCAAUAGAACCGGGUCUGCUUGAACCACUUGCUUGGUAUCGUGGCGCAAAUGUUCCAUUCCCGGACUUCGGCAUUGACCAGCUCUCUAAGUUCUAUCCGAUAGAUAAAGGCUACAACCCUGUGAUGUCAAUGGAAACUAUGGAGAAGCUGUACGAAAAGGAAACGGAAGCGCAAGGGGUACAACGGGUUGAUUUUGUGCUUCGUAGCUUGGCCGGAGAGCAAAGAAAGCAUAGUCUGGUCAUAGUCGGACAUGCGAUCACUCUCGCUGUUGCGGUUGCGUUAGCUUCUUCACAGGGUGAAAAAGCGACAUCGGCAUCCAGUGGAUCCGGGACCGCAAUCACUUCGUUUGAUUAUCAUCAGAACUCAGACAAUCUAGAAGGCGAGAUUAUCGAUCAAGUAAAUUUGGGUCUCAGAUUCCCACCUGGAAGCGUCAUCGCACUUACUCAGGUCAACAAAGGACCACCGUUCCUCUAUCAACUUAGUCCAAGUGUCGUGCCACCACUCUCUUAUGGAGAAUACUUUUCUAAUCGUCCUGUUCUGGAAACAUAA